CUAAUAUUUAACUCUAUGGCACAGUACAUGACAGACUGUGACUUCUAGUACAUUCCUAAAUUUUUCAGCGGCAGCACUGGCGAGUAGUUAUUAACUGCUGUGGAAGUGUGGAAGAAGGUGAAGGUGGUAUUAUUUCUUGUCUUGAACAAUCGAAAGUUAGAGGGAGAAAAAUGGCGGGUGGUGAAGUAAGUAAAACAACAAAACCCCAACUAAGAGGUCUCCUAGCUGGACAAAUUAAAUGGAAUAUUAUCAUUGCUGCCACUAUGGCUGCUGCAGCUGCCAUAGCCCAGAAAGUGUUUGUCAAUGAUCAGAGAAAGAAGGAUUAUGCUGCAUUUUACAGCGCCUUCUCAGCACCUGGUUUAAUGGAAGGGUACUACAAAUCUGGCCUCCACAUAAGUAGUCUGUAGCUUCGACAUGAAAUUUUAAACGUUCUUGUUGUUGAUUGGAUAGGAAGAGAGAAUCUAGCCCCCAUGCUAGGUACAUCAUAGCCUCCAUACGGUACUUCCAAUAUUUUAUUCAAGUGGACAAUAAAGGUACAACACAAACAACUUUUGUUUCUUAAUUAUUUAUUUAUACAAUAAUGUGACAUUUUACAUAGAAAUAUGAGUAUUUAAUUUGGAUUAAAUAUAUGUUUACUCGUUGAA